UAAUCACGAAACGGAAGUGCCAGAGAGUCACACCGGAAAUGGUUGGAGUGAGCUCUCUCACUGUCACAGUAUCUGUGGUCUGAGCUGUAAACACAGCGCAGCUUCACUCGGGAGCGUUUUUAAAACAUCCACCGACACUAACACCGCUCGCUGUGAGGGGAACAUGGAAGAAGACAUACUGACGACGCUGAAGAUCCUGAUCAUCGGAGAGAGCGGCGUGGGGAAGUCCAGCCUCCUCCUGAGAUUCACAGAUGACACAUUUGACCCAGAGCAAGCAGCAACAAUAGGUGUUGACUUCAAGGUGAAGACCAUUUCCGUGGACGGUAACAAGGCAAAGCUGGCAAUAUGGGACACUGCAGGACAGGAGCGCUUCCGAACCCUGACGCCCAGCUACUACCGCGGUGCCCAGGGAGUCAUCCUGGUGUAUGACGUCACGAGACGGGAAACCUUUACCAAGCUCGACAACUGGCUCAACGAGCUCGAGACGUACUGUACGAGGAACGACCUCGUCAAAAUGCUUGUGGGCAAUAAAAUCGAUAGGGAAAACCACGAGCUAGACAGGGCAGAAGGGCUGAAGUUUGCGAGAAAACAUUCCAUGCUUUUUAUAGAGGCGAGCGCUAAGACCAGGGACGGUGUUCAGUGUGCGUUCGAGGAGCUGGUGGAGAAGAUCAUCCAGACUCCCGGCUUAUGGCAGAGCGAGAACCACGGCCGAGGAGUCCAGCUCACCGACGAAGACGCGGGAGGCGGCGGCUGCGGAGGCUACUGCUCCCUGGUCUAGACAAACGCACACAUGCACAACACAUUCUCUCUCACACACACACACACACACACACACACACACACACACAGACACAUAUACACAUACACACUCCCUCCUCAGACAGUGGAGGUCUGACUGUCUCCCCCUCUGCUGAGCUGUAAGGGUUGACCAUCCACACACUCUGUGUUCACACAGACACUACUUUUUGCACACUUUCUAAUAACGACGCUGCGCUACAGUGCGAAACGCAGCUCAGCCUUCCUCUUCAUGGAAUUAGUGUGAGGUUUUUCUCUCCUGUUUUUGUGCAGUUUUUAGGGACCUUGAUCAAAAUAUUAACCAUUCUCAAGUCAUACAGUGAUAGCAGUGAAAGGAGUGUGAGUGUAAACCAAAGUUAGUCAGGCAUAUGGCUUAAUCUCUGAAGUAUGAUAAUGAGAAUGGAAAAACAGUUUUGACCAGAGGUCCUCUCUCGUCUCCAGCAUGCUUAUUGUCCUCUGAGCAACAUGCCUUAGCGAGCACAUCUGUAUCAAUGCAGGGCCGACUUCUCUCCAGUGUUUGUCCUCCCUCUGCUCUGUAUGCGCUUGAUCCUGAUCUGCCCCCCAGACUCUAUGAACUUUAUGCUGCUUUUGGAGAAGCUUAUCAAGCCAAGCCAUCCCACUAAUCUCAGACAAAGGUUUGGAUCACGUCUCUUGUUGUCCACACAGCUGCCUCAUUUCUUCAGAAUAUAAUAGAGUUACCAAGUGUCUCGAAUGACGUUUUACUACUUUUAUUGAUUUGGACUUCAAACCUUUGGUGGGUUUUUUUUGUUUUUUUUCUCCUGAUGAGUGUAUAAAUCAAAGAGAUUGGCACCAGCGAGCUUUCCACUGGGUGCAGAAGAAGAGGGAGCCUCUUAAAAUUGCACGCCUUUGUUGUAACGAGUUGCUUUAAUGGAGUGCGACUUACUGGCAGUCCCUCACUCAGACAGAUAAUAUCAGUAAUAUCACUAGCACUGCUAUGCUCUUUCAUAUUGCAUCCCUUUGACUAGACAGCAACAAAGGAAAAGUGUUCAAUAUUAGACAGGGCAGUGAGUCAUAAGGGUGUUUCCACUGUAUUUGGAAAAUCAAAGAAAAAGCUGCGUGCUCCACUUCACUAAUGUAUUUCACAGUACUCCUAUCUGUGUUUGUAUCUGAGAAGAGGUUUUAAGUGUACUCAAGCCCUGAACGCUGGACAUGUUUGUAGUAUACGGACGCUUCUGUAUGUUCUGGGAAAUGUAGUUCUGAUGGUGUAAACGACAUGGAUUCAAGCAUGUCUCGUCACAUAUUGAUUUAUUUUAUUUUAUUUUUUAUCUCUUUUUAAUUGCAUGGGAAACUCUGCGUGCCAUUCUUGUUUGUUUGUCAGUGAAUGGCCUCUGGACUGUUCACUAUAAACAUUUUAACUUAUACUUAGCUGAGAUAAAACGUUGCAUACAGGUUUACCAUUUGAAUUUAAUGGUAUAAUAAAAUAAAAAGGAAGUAGGCGCUUAUCCAUUAAACUGGUAUAGCUGUCUUUUUUUGUGUUCAGAAAUAUGUUGAAACGUGUAUACCUUGUAAAUUGUGUGUAUUUUAGGAAUUUGGUGGGAUAAUUCCUGUAUGAAUUGUAAAGCUGAAUGUAUGCAUAUUUCAAUACAAACCGCCCUAUGUAUUAAACUAAAUAAAAUUCUUUUUU